UGGGAACAGCUGUGGCACGCAGCAUUAAGUAAGCUUCUCACGAGGCAUAUAUAAGAAUUUAAAUCGAACUUUUGAUUUUUAUUUGACAGAAAUCAGAGAUUGAUCAUGAAGCAUCUAUCUACGUUUAUUCUUUUUUUGGGACUUGUUUGUAUAGCAGUUGCUGAAUUAGGCAAAAACUGCAGCACAUCGUCUGAUUGUGACGAAGAUGAAUGCUGUGUCAAUCUCAGUGCCUUUACUACGAACAGAUGUCGGAAAAUAAGACAGGAAGGGGAUUUCUGCUUUACAAAAGAGCACACUCACCAUGACGAUGAGGGUGUCUAUCGAUUUAUGUGUCCUUGCGUUGAAGGGUUAGACUGCGUACCCGAAGAAGAAUACGAAAAAGAUGGGGUGAAAGUUAUCCGUAACUCUAAGUGCAACGCAAAGAAAGCAGAUGAAUGAAAAACGUCUUUGCUCUAAAUCAGCGUAUCAGCAUAACAAUGAGUGUUAAAUGUUAAAGCAACAAUAAAAACAUUAAUAAACUUUUUUUUAAAAAA